CAGAAAGGCAGCUAGAAAACUCUUUAGAGUAGCCAGAGGCACCAAUUGGGACUGGCAACCGCCUCCCUACUUAGUUCGCCACCAUCGAUCCUCUCUGAUGGAGAAGAAAGGGAGGACGAGGAAGAGCGUGCGGCCAUGGACUACAGCACCGGCAGCGGCAGCGGCUUUGGUGUUCUUUGCUGCCAUGGCCGCCGUCUCUGUGUCCGUGGCGGCGGCGCGGGCUCCGAGGAGGAUCCUGGUGGACACGGACAUGGACACCGACGACCUCUUCGCGCUGUUUUACCUCCUCAAGCAGGACCGGUCCGAGUUCGACGUCAAGGCCAUUACCAUCAACGCGAACGAAUGGAGCGACGCCGGGCACGGCGUGAACCACCUGUACGACAUCCUCUACAUGAUGGGCCGCGACGACAUUGCCGUCGGCGUCGGCGGCGACGGCGGCAUCUCGCACGCCGGCCACAUACAGCCCAACGUCGGCGGCUACCUUCCACUCAUAGACCAGGGCGCGUCGACGGCGGGCGGGUGCCGGUACCGGCAGGCGAUCCCGCCGGGCCGGCGCGGGGGCCGCCUGGACGCCGACACCAACUCGGGCCUCCGGAGGGCCUUCCUCCCGCAGGGCCCACGCAGAUACUCCCCGCUCCGGCAACCCACGGCCCAGCAGGUGAUGGCGGAGACGCUCUCCGCGGGGCCCACCACGCUGCUCCUCUUCGGGUCGCACACCAACGCCGCGCUACUACUCCUGACCCGCCGCCGCCUCUUCCGCCGCAACGUGGAGCGCAUCUACGUCUCCGGCGGCGGCGUGCGGCCGGACUCGGAGAAGAACCCGACGGGGAACCUGUUCACGGCCUACGACGCCAACCCGUUCGCGGAGUUCAACGUCUUCGGGGACCCCUUCGCGGCGUACCAGGUGCUCCACUCGGGCGUCCCCGUAACGCUCAUCCCGCUCGACGCCACCAACACCAUCCCGAUCACCGAGGAGUUCUUCUCCGAGUUCCGCCGUCGCCAGACCACCUACGAGGCGCAGUACAGCUUCAAGUCUUUAGACCAGGUCCUGCGAAGACGGAGAAGACCAGGGCCCCACCUCCAUGGCAGCACGGGCGAUUAUAUGUGGGAUUCAUUUGCUGCCGGCGUGGCGCUCUCCAGCAUGCGGAAUGGCGAGGCCGAUGGCGGAAAUGAGUUUGCGGAGCUGGAAUAUAUGAACAUUACAGUGAUCACUUCCAACAAACCGUACGGUGUGCGCGAUGGCUCGAAUCCGUUCUUCGACGGCCACAAAGUCCCCAGGUUUGGUCUCAAGGAGGGUGGAGUCCACAGCGGCCAUGUCCAGACUGGAAUCAGAGACAGCUUCUGCCUGGUGCCUGGAAGCAACAGUGGAAGAUGCGAGGAUGGAUACACCAAGGAAGUGUCAGGUCCAGAAGCAGUCCGAGUUCGUGUUGCCACAAGCGCAAAGCCUAACAUGAAUAAGAAUAGCACACUUGAUAGGGAAUUUUUCAAGAGCUUCCUAAAGGUCCUAAAUCUCCCGAAACAGAAUGGUCGCUUCAACAUCAGUACACAGUUCCCAUAUUACAGAGAAGUUCUUUAUAAGCCAGACUUCAUGAAUGUAAGCAGGGCAAAGCCAGUUAUUUUUGACAUGGACAUGAGCCCUGGAGAUUUUGUUUCCCUUAUAUAUCUUUUGAAGGCACCAAGAGAACUGAUAGAUCUAAAGGGGAUUUUGGUCAAUGGCAAUGGCUGGGCAAACAUUGCGAGCAUCGAUAUUGUUUACGACAUUUUACAUAUGAUGGGCCGUGAUGACAUUUCAGUCGGCCGUGGCAAUACCACUGCAAUGGACACUCCAACCCUUGGUUGCAACAAUUCCUAUGCUAUUCCCCAGGGCAGUGGUGGAUUUAUUGAUUCGGACACGCUCUAUGGACUGGCUCGGUCAUUGCCAAGAAGUCCUAGGAGAUACUCUCCAGAAAGUUCAGAUUAUCCGGUUCGUCGGCAACCACUGGCUUUUGAAGUCUGGCAGUCUGUCAAGAAGCAACUUGAUCCAGGUGCCAAGAUCACUGUGCUUACUAGUGGACCUCUCACCAAUUUGGCCAACAUUUCACUCUCUGAUGCGGAUGCAAGUUCUGUGAUAGAAAGAGUUUACAUCGUUGGUGGGCUUAUCAGAGAUGGAGGUCAUGAGAAGGGGAAUGUGUUCACUGUUCCAUCCAACCAAUAUGCAGAGUUCAACAUGUUUCUUGAUCCACUGGCUGCCAAAACGGUGAUGGAAUCCAAUCUGAAUAUUACACUCAUUCCCCUUCCUGCGCAACGAAAAGCUGCUUCAUUUGGGGCUGUCCUGGAAGCCUUGGAAAAAACACGGAGAACUCCCGAAUCCACAUUUGUCCAUGGAUUGUUCUCAUUGUUGAAGGAACUUCAGAGCAAACAGAAGCUGUAUCACCAUGUGGAUAUAUUUCUGGGAGAAGUUCUUGGUGCAGUUUACAUGGUUCAGGGAUCUGACUUGCAAUCCUCAGUCAAGCUGGAGCCAAUAAGCGUCAUCGCCAACACGACAAAAAGCACAGAUGGACAAAUUUUGAUCAGCAAGCAGAGUACAAAACUGGUAAAGGUAUUGAGUGAUUUCAAUGGUAAAAUAUAUUACAAUCGGUUGGCAAAUUCUUUAUCAGACAAGAAGCAAUCUGCCAUUAUUGGGAGCUUUGAAGAACAAAAGGCAAUUUGGAGCAGGCCACCGAACAAUUCUGGGCCAGGGCAUACCAAAUUUCUAUAGUUACUGCUAAUAAAGAUUAAAGAUUAGAUACCAAAAGGUCCACACAGGUUACAGCUUAUUUCAUCUUCUUAGAGUCGUAAAAAGGGAGAGUCAACAGUUACAAUUGUAUGAAAGAGUAUUGACAAAUUAACUUUAUAUCCUCAGGAUGGGUUUCAUUGA